AAGUCUGAGCGGGCUCGUACUCAUCAUGUCGGCCCUCUUCAACUUCCAAUCACUGCUGCUGGUCAUUUUGCUCAUGAUAUGCACAUGCACGUAUAUCCGUGCCGUCGCGCCGCGCCUCGUUGACCGGAAUAAAGAGGGGUUUCUGGGACUGUUUUGGAUGUCCGCACGCAUAGGAGAGCGCCUCUCGCCAUACGUGGCGAUGGCAUGCGUUGCAAUGGCGGUGACAUUAUUGAUUCAAUGAACGACUAUG